GCACCAGAAUGGCACAUUGUUAUACCGCGAAACCCGUUGCAGGUCGCAGUUGUUCAGCGCACGUCGCGGACGUUAGAACGAAUUCGGCGGUUCAGAGUUGCACAGUUGUGUGGGGCAGUUCCUUCCUGGUGGCGCCAUGGCAUUAAAGUUCAACGAAAAGAACCAUCCGUACAUCGAUCUUGGAGAUGGCUAUCGGGUGUGCUUCUACGAGGAGCGUUGUCCCCACGGGGAAGAGAUGGAGUCCAAGGCGCGCAAGGCGAUCAACGAAGGCACGCGCGAAGAGGUCCUGGCCGCCCAUGACGAGUUCCGGAAGUUGAUCGCGACGGACCAGGCGAUGUGCGUUCCGAUCAAUGAUGAGUGGUACCUUAAUGUGUUCCUGCGGGCGAGUCGGUUCGAUCCGCGGGAGGCCUUCGAUCGGCUGCAGUCGACGUCGACGGCCAAGAUCAAAAAUUGGGAAUAUUUUGGCCAAAUUAACGACAUUCGGCACGUGUUCGACGAGGAGCUGGUGUGGGUGCUGCCGGAACGGGAUGACGACGGGGCGGUCAUUAUAGUGGUGGAAUCGGGAAAAAAGUGGAACCCGGCCAAGGUGUCGCUGGUGCACCUGAACGCCGCCGUCACGGCCAUCAUCGGCGUGCUGAUGCUGAGCGAGGACGCCCAACUGCACGGCUGCAAGCUGAUCUUCGACAUGGAGGGCCUCUCGAUGACCCAGAUCGUCCAGUUUACGCCCAAAUCGACCGGAGUGAUGCUGCACAUGCUGGAAAAGUGCACAACGAUUCGGGUUCUCGGCACACACACCGUCAACAACGGCAUGAUGUACAACAUGCUGUUCGCGAUCAUGAAACCACUGCUGACGAAGGUGAUGCGCGAACGGACCCUGAUUCAUGGCCGCAAUUACGGCGACCUGGCCAAGCACAUAAGCCCGCGGGUUCUGCCCAAGCGGUACGGCGGAACGUCCAAGGCACCGGCCUACGAGGGACGCCUGCUGGGGGACAUGAUGGUGCACUACAACGACUGGAUGCAAAGUAAACACGACCAUGGAUACAAGAGGAAAAAUGGUCAAGCCGAGUGACACAAUCUUCGAAUAUGUUUUCAAUAACAGUUUUUUAGUCUUAAUAAUGCAAUGGGUUACAAAAGUAAGUAGGAAAUCGUGCAUAAUAAAGGUUAAGUUUUUAAAGCAAG